GGCGCGGCGGCUGCGCACGCGCCCUGCCCGCGGCGCCGGGUGGCUCGGGUGAGGCUCAAGUAGCUGGGGACGAGGAGCUGGCGGUACUCUGCUGCGGAGCGGGGCCCGCUGGGGGCUUUGAGGCCACUCCGGCGCUUUUUGGGUGCAAAAGCAGAAGGUUGGAAGAGGGGAAGAGACACCACUAGAAGGGUGAUCUUUGUGCAGAGAACAGACCACAUUGCAGACUGAUGAAGUGAAAAAUGUUCCUUGUGGGACAAGACUUCCUAUGGAUUUCUUGUUCCUUUCUCCUUGACCAAGUAUCCUGCUCAACUCAAUGCUGUUCCACCUGACCAGCCUCACAAUCAGCUCUGCAGUGAGGACCUUGUUAGAUUCUAGCAGCACAUGAUCCCUUGGGGAGAGGACUGCCUGCUGGCUUCUGAUGAGGAGUCUGGAGCUUCUUGACAGUGCACAUACCUGGGUACAUAUGCACAGUGGCGGUGUUAUGAUCUACAUUGACCGAAUAGAAGUUGUGAAUAAACUGGCACCGUAUGCAGUGUACGAUAUUGUAAGAAACUACACUGCAGACUAUGAUAAGACCUUGAUCUUCAAUAAAAUUCAUCAUGAACUGAAUCAGUUCUGCAGUGCCCAUACACUGCAGGAAGUGUACAUUGAGCUGUUUGAUCAGAUAGAUGAGAAUCUGAAGUUGGCCCUGCAGAAGGAUCUCAAUGUCAUGGCACCAGGUCUCACUAUCCAGGCUGUGCGUGUUACAAAACCCAAAAUCCCAGAAGCCAUCCGAAGAAAUUUUGAACUAAUGGAGGCUGAGAAGACUAAGCUGCUGAUUGCAGCCCAGAAGCAGAAGGUAGUAGAGAAGGAGGCAGAGACAGACCGGAAGAAAGCUGUCAUUGAGGCAGAGAAGGUGGCUCAGGUGGCCAGGAUUCACUAUCAGCAGAAGAUUAUGGAGAAAGAAACGGAGAAGCGAAUUUCUGGGAUUGAAGAUGCUGCGUUUCUAGCAAGAGAGAAAGCAAAAGCUGAUGCAGAGUAUUACAGUGCUCAGAAGCUGGCUGAUUCCAACAAGCUUAAACUUACCCCUGAAUAUCUGGAACUAAUGAAAUACCAAGCAAUAGCUGCAAACAGCAAGAUGUAUUUUGGUGACCGCAUCCCUAACGUGUUUCUGGAUUCUUCUGCCUUCCAGCAAGCCAAUAGGAGGACUGCCCAAGAAACUGGCCUUCCUUCAAAGAAGGCCCCAAAGACCUCAGGAGAAAGCCACCUCAGAGCAAAGGAAAGUACUGGCUGACAGAGGCAGAGAGAGACCCAGUAUAGCUCAGCAGCUCACCCAGCUGUGAAUGGGGAUGUUGCCCUGUGCUGGUGGGGCAGAUGCAGCGCAUGCGUGGACAUCUUGUGUAUAGGCAGUUGGGUUGAUUUUCUUCUAGCAACAGAUUGCAAGUGCUCUGACUCUUCCGUUUCUUCCCCCAUUAAGUUGGUGCUUUCAAAUGAGGGAUAAGACUGUACUAACAUACCUGUACUGGAAUAUUAAAAGACAGUCACCAGGAAAGCCUUCUGCAGUAGGUGCAGUUAUUUAGCAAGUGUUACUCUUAAGGUAGGAGCUGUGGCUUUGAGUGCUGCACACUGGUCAUUCCCUGGUGCUCCUCACUAAGGAUGAGCAAAGAGAUUUCCUUCAUCGUGCUGAUGAAUCUUCACUUUGUCCACUCCAAGGCAGGUUUUUGCCAGCACUGUCUUCACUCUCAUCAAGGACUCCAGUGGAGUGGGCUCUCCUUGGCCAGCAGAGGCUGCACGUUCCUGCUCAGGGCAAGGCCUGGUUUGAUGUGGAAUAGGUUAUUUGAAUAGGGUGUGUAUAGCCAUAUUCUUUCCUCUAGGCAGUGGCACUAGAUAACGACUUGGAGUAAGCAAUCUCUUACAGGCUUCUGUAACUCCCUCUAAGAGCCUCACACUGGCUGCCUGUGACUGAUGGUAGGAUGUUGCAGCAGGGUGGCUGAGGUCUCACAUUCUGCACCAGGUUUCAGAGUGCAUGGAGCCACCUCUCAGCAGCUGGUUGGAAAUGUUUUCUCAGACUCCAGCCUCCCUGUUGGCCCUUUCCCCAAAAAAAGGGGCCUGAUUUCUACUGCUUGUCUUGCUGUCAAAGGGAAAGAGAAGACCGAAGAUACCCCCCUCUGCAGCGGAUGAGAUAUUUAAGACCUGAGCUGCAAAGCAGGUGAGGCAUCACUGCUCCCCAAUGCAAAAUCCACCAAGAAGUGGAACCUGCCUCGUGUCUUUGAACAGCAUGGUGAGGAGUCUGUUGCUGAUCUUCUCACUACAGGCCAGGCUUUGCUGCGUCACAGGGCUUUUGGCUCACGAGUCUUUUCUCCUGGUGUGCAUUGUAGUAUAUCCAACCCCUGCUCCCUGUGUGCCAUUCGAGAGUGAGAGGAAGAGCUGUUCUUGGGGAAAAUCUGGUACAACCUUUCCUAUUUUUCUCUCUCCACCCCAUUGCCUUUGAGGAUGUGCUUGUUUCUAGGACCUAUUUCUCAUUGUGUUCUGCAACAGUCCUGGAAGAUGAUGGCUGGGGAAGCAACUGGUAAGAGCUUGAGCCAGAAUGCUGUUCCCCAGCUGGUAGCACCACAGCCUCUGAACCCACCAUGUGUUCGGAGAGCACCUCUCCCCUGCCAGCCUGGGAUGUCUCUGUGUUCAUCCUGCUCCCCUGGGGCCAGCCCCAUGCAGUGCUCAACCCUUGCAGUGUUCAGGGACAGGCUGGUUGGUGUUGGCACUUGGUCACUUGGUUGUGACAGCCUGGUUCGUGCUGAUGUAGAAAUCUUCUGGCCUGGCGCCAUCUUCAGCCUCGUGGCAAGGGGAGGAACGUGCCUAGCUUUUGUCUUGAUGAAACAUGCAACCCAAAAUGAAUGGGCAAGACUUCUAUGCUAAUGAUUUUCCCAAGUAGGCUUUCCAGUGCUGUUUUCCUGUGCUGUGUGGCUUGACUCAGAGGACAACAGUGCCUCUCCUCAAGGAAGUUUGGUAACAUACGGUGCCUGUCUCAGCUCCUGCCUUGGCUGCUUCUCCUUCAUCUCUGGGGCAGAGCAAGGAUGCACUGACCCUGCCUUUCCUGCUUGCUGCCCAGCUGUGGAAUAUUGCAGCAGUUUUUGGUGGUCUUUAUUGCCUUCAUCUGUGUGCAAGUUCCCAUGGUCUGGUUGGUGCUCUUCUCCAAGAUACCAGCUCCUCUUCAAACCUAGCCAUGGCAAGAGCCAGGGACCAGAGUCCUGCCCCACUGCAAGGCCAGCUGAAGGUGCUGAGCUUCCAGCGAGGCUGUGGGUGCACUUGCUUCUUCACACCCUGAGAAUGAGGGGAAGGAACUGCUGUCACCAGUUUUAACUGUGUGCAGGGGGGUUGUGGCACAGCUAUGUGCCUUGCAGAUCUUAGCCUGGGUAGAGAGCAAGGUGAGCUUUAGCAUGGAGGGGCUCACGUCUUCACCUCGCAGAGGCUGGUGCAAACAGUGCUCCCCUGGCACAGAACAGGAGGUGGACAAGGGAGCAGGAGGAGUGUUGACAUACUGUGCUAGAAGGCAGCUCACCCAGCAAGGCAGGGCAAAGCUGAAAUCCAUAGCUGGUAGUAGGCACAGCUUUAGCCCCAUUAUGUCCUGCAGUAUCCUCCCCAGGGGAAGGGUGGCAGGGCAGGGGGACAGCAGCAUAUUUUGUAGCUGUGGUGUUUGAAAUGUGUCCUGGAAGUACCACUGGAUUUUGGAGGUCCUCUUUCUCCUGUGGGAAGAGACCUUCCACCUCUUUGGUGUGGCUGAUUUGCAGCAGGCACUUUGCAGCACGGCCUCUCCACGCCACAGCAGCAGCCACUUUGGCUGAAUUUUGAGGUGAUGCAGGCUUUUUAGAACAGAAGCACUCCUGGCUUUUCUCCAUCUGGUACUCACUGGGUUUGGGCACUACCCACUGCUGACAUCAAACCCUGGGCAUCAGGCAGGGUGGAUAGAGUAGGUUCUGAAAGCCUGGAGGUGAGAAGGAGGGGCAUGAGGGGAACGACUAGAAGCAGUAACCAGGUGGCUUAUAGCUGUUCUGCAGUGGUCAGAGCAGGAUCUCUGUGUGGUGAGUGGGAAGGGCUGCUUCUCUUUGGGCCCUCCAGGCACAUGCAUCACUUUGCCAGUCACUGGCAAAAUGUCACUGGCUAAAUGUCAUCCUGCUCUGGUUGGGUACACAUCAGCCACAUCUUGCCCGCUGAUGGUGGGAUAUGGGGUUUGAAGUCCUACAGUAACAUGCACUUGAUGCUCAGUGCCUUCUGCAAAAGCCUCCUCCUUCCCUCUGCUUCCCCAGCCACCACCCAGAAGCCUGAAUAGGUGUGCAAGAGAAGGGAGUCACCACAGCUCUUAAAACCCCAGCCUUGGCCUUGCUGCUUCCUGGGCUGGGAGCUGUGGAGCAGGAACAUGGGUGCAGCUGGGAACAUGGAUUGAACAGGCGUUUCUUUAAAAAGCCUCUGUGUUGCUGUGGUGAAGGGUGUCUGCCAGUGGACCCCUACCUUCUUUUAAGGAAACAUGAUCCAUAUGUUCAAGUUUAUAUGCACACUGUUAAGUUCUUUUGAUAAAGUGGAAUAAAAUUAUUUUGUUACUCUUUC